UCUUCCCAACUAUUGUGGUGGCGAUGGGCGUCUUCCUGCUUAUCGGCUCGUCUGAAGUUCGGAGAUUAUGUAUGUCGGGUAUGCGAGUGUACAUUGACCUACUUGUAGGAAGACGCCCAGUGUACAAUGACCUAAUUGUAGCUUCAAACAUAAUCCCAGUUUGUUUGCUGCAAGACAUACGACGCUCUUCUCGCAGCUAUCAUUUGCUGUUAUGGCGUCUCAACAUCACAGCGGUAAUGACACCGACGGCAGUCCAUUACCAGAGGGUUGCUCUGAUAUGAUAACGAACAAAGGCGUAAUAGCACCCGGCGCUAGACGUUGUUGGACAGAACGCGAGGAUGCCAUCCUUUUGGCAGCUAUGAAGGAGUUGGCUGCCACCGGCUGGAAGUCGGAUAAUGGUUUCCGUUCAGGGUAUCUAACCCGUGCACUGGAGGCACUGAAACGUGAAUUUCCAAAAACUUAUAUUGUUGUUCAUCCUCACAUAAAGUCGAAAAUCACUUCUUGCAAGAAGAAUUACUUGGUUUCAAUUCGGAUGGUGAGCACAAGAUAGAUAUCGACGAUGAACAAUGGUCACAAGUCGUGCAGAAAGAUAGCAAUGCCAAGUAUAUGAGGAAUAAGUCGUGGCCUAUGUUGAGUGACUGGAAGGAGAUUUUCGGCAAGGACCGUGCAGAGGGGUUUAAGGGCAUGGACACUGGCGAGGCGGUGCAAAAGAUUUAUGGUUCAAAGGUUGCUGUGGGUAAAAGUUCAGCGAAGUCUUCCCCAAUUACCUUAGAGGAACUCUUCCCUGAUGAAGUUUUCCCGAGCGGUGUUCUGCCGGAGAUGGUAGAUGAGAGCACUUCCGCACCAGCGCCUGUGCGUGUAAAUCCGAGGGUGCAAAACAAAACACCGAAGAAGAGGAAGACUAAGGACAAGAUGGACAGUGUCCUGGAGCUGAUGAAUCGCAUCCACGAAGACACCAAUGAGCGGCUGAAGGACAUCUCUACCCGAAUUGGUUAUGAGUUUGAUCUAAGCACGAAGAGAACUGAAGUCUUCAAUCAGCUGAAUGGGAUGCCCGGGCUGACCAUCAAGCAACAAUUUUAUGCCGCGAAAAAUUUAGUCAAGGAGCCUGAGCUUAUGGAUCUGUUUAGAGGUUUGGAUGACUUGGCGCGACCGACAUUUGUGUUCGACCUUCUAGAGACAGAUGGAAUGAUUUGAAAAUGGUUGUGUCUGCGUCUUUUUGGUUAUUUUGUUAUAUAUCAUGGUUUAAACCUUGAUCCAUGUAGCUAUCAAGUUCGUUGUCCUUUUAAGUGUGUAAUAUGACACCCUAUUUUGGCGUUUAACAUGGGGAUGCAUUGACAAUGGUUGUAUUUUGUGUUAUUGCUUUUAUCACUCAUGAAAUUGUGCUUCUAA